AUGAUAAACUAUCAAUUUGCAUCAGAUAGUCCGAAGUCCUUUAGUGCCUAUCCAAGAGGUGAUUUUGAUCUAGAGUCGAGUACCGUUAGAAAAACAAGAAAGCCUAAACAUUCAUCAUUUCAUCCCAUUAUAAUGAUCAAAUCUUUUGGAAAUCGAGUUUUGUACUACUACAAGCUACACCCUGUGAUGCUUUUCCUGAUCUUUUUGUCAUUCGGGGUCACCACUCUCGUAGUCCUCUCUCUUUAUACCAGCCAUUUUCAGAUGAUGACUAAUUAUAAGAAGUUUGACAGUAGCAUGGAUAAUUCUUACCCAUUUCCGAAGCUUCGUAAUCUUGUCAUGGUUGCUGGGCAUUCAAUAUAUACGAGUAGUAGUUAUGAGCAAAUUGACAAGGAGGAUUCAUGGUUUCUGGAAUCUUAUCAGAAGAAUCCAGGCCAAGCUUCUACUUUUGUUGCACAUAUAAAGGAGGGAAUUGAGAGUGCAGCUAGAGAUGAUGAGGCUUUGUUGUUGUUUAGUGGUGGUGAGACUCGUAAAGAUGCAGGUCCCCGAAGUGAAGCACAAAGUUAUUGGAUGGUUGCUGAAUCAAAAGGAUGGUUUGGCAACCGAGAGAAGGUGAGAUGGAAAGCACUCACAGAAGAACAUGCAAGGGACAGCUUUGAGAAUCUUCUCUUUAGUGUAUGCCGGUUCCGGGAGCUUACUGGCUCCUAUCCACAAAAUAUCACCGUUGUGGGUUAUGAUUUCAAGAAGGAACGGUUUGUUAAUUUGCACCGUUCUGCAAUCGGGUUCCCAGAGACAAGAUUCUUCUAUUUGGGCACUCCGGCUGCAACAACAUCAAGGCAAGCGGCAUUAAAAGGCGAGGCAUUAGUGAGAACCCAAUUCGAACACGAUCCUUAUGCGUGCUUAGGCUCACUUCAUCGCAAAAAGAUUGGUCGUGACCCUUUUCACAGGUCAAUACCGUACCCCAAUGGCUGCCCUGAAAUUGAAGCCUUGUUCAGAUACUGUGGGUCUGCGACAUAUCCAGGUUCCGUUCCUUGGGGUUAAGGAAACUGAUAAUGUUUGCCUUUUGUUCUAUAUUUUAGGAUUGUACGAUUUUGAAAUGAUAUAAGAUAGAACAUAGAUGUCUUUGAUAUAUCAUAUAUAGAGAGAGAUAUAUAAUGAAAUUUACUCGUAACAAAAAUAUGAUACAAUAAAUUCCGUU